AUGCCUCCCCACGCAUUGUCCGCUGCGGCAAGCAGCAUCUUCAAUUUCACGAGCCUUCUCCAAAGCUUGCCUUCCGCAUCACGCAGUCACACCUUUACGAAAUGUUCAGCAUGUCUCUUCUCGACCACAGCUACGCUAGAAGCCAAGCGGACGAAAAAGCGCAAAGUCAGAAAACAUGUUGAUCCAUACCGCUUGGCUCAAGCACGACAACGGAAAUCUGCAAACCUGGCUCGACAAAAAGUUCUGGAAGAAGAACGGAAACUUGCACUGGGCGACCCCGUUCGUUCGCGGCCGACACCUUUCGUCGACUCAUUACGCGCAAGAGCCCCCGUCGAAGCGAUCAAAGAAUCUUACCUCAAUUACCUCCUGAAGAAGGAGGACGUCGAGAAGUCGUUGGAAUACUCGAAAUGGCUUACGGAACCUCUGCCCGACACAGAUCCUGUCCCUGGAGCUCACAAUGACCUGAAAGAGAGAAUUGAGAAGCAUGUUUCAUCCCAUGACAAUGCUUCGAAAGCGCUACUGGCAAUAGCUUCUCUCGAAAAUGCCAGCACAAGGGAUCGUACUCGCAUCAAUGUCCAAAGGUGCAUUGAAGAGUUUGGGCGUCAUCGUACUGACGGUGUCCUCCCUCCAAAACUUCAAAGCAAGCAAGCGCCCGCAACGAGCACUACAGGCGCGGAGGCAGGUACAACAGAAGUACCUAAGAGAAUUGGAGCAGACACUGGCUCUCCGGAAGUGCAGAUCGCCAUCCUCACAGCUAAAAUCAACGUGCUGGCAGACAACCUACAUAAAAAGGACAAGAACAAUAAACGAGGCUUGAGACUCAUGGUGCACAGACGACAGAAGUUGAUGGCUUAUCUGAGGCGGCAGGACCGGGGAGGGCCCAGAUGGCAGAAUAUUGUCGAGAAGCUUGGUCUCAGCGACGCCAUGUGGAAAGAGGAGAUCAGCCUGUAA